UAUGGGAACUGAAGCAGGAGCUCAGCCCGAGCCGAGCAGAGAGAGUUUAGGGGGGGCGGCAGCGCUGCUGGUGACGCAGGAAAAACACCCAACAGCAGACAAAAAACCAAGGAGCUAAUCACUGAGUGUGAGCAGAGAGCGAGAUAUAUGUACCCGACACAGCCGAGCGUUUACCAGCGCGUUACUGAUCAAGCCUGCAGUCGAAAGGAAGACGGUCCAAUGUGAUUUUAGUGGUUAUGCAAUGGUCUCUGCAGCACGUCCAGUUCUCCAGGUGGUGCUUUCACUUUCAGAUGUGUGCCGGUUCUCCAUCAGUCCAGAGGAGGCAGUGAUUUUCUCCUGCACGCCAGCAACAUAAGCAGACAAGAUUGCAAAGAUCUGCCCUGUGUCGAGUAUGACUGCCACGACGCGUGGCUCCCCCGUAGGGGGGAAUGACAGCCAGGACCAGGGCCAAGCUCCGGACGGUCAGUCCCAGCCUCCACUGCCCCAAAACCAGACAUCCUCUCCCACCUCGUCCAAUGAGAACUCUCCCGUGAGCCCUCCAGAUGAACAGGGACAGGGAGACUGCCCACCCCAGCUGGAGGAGGAGGAGCCUGCUUUCCCCCAUGCAGACCUGGCCAAGCUGGAUGACAUGAUUAACAGACCCCGCUGGGUUGUUCCAGUUUUGCCAAAGGGUGAAUUAGAAGUUCUUCUAGAAGCUGCUAUAGAUCUUUCUAAAAAAGGACUUGAUGUCAAGUGUGAAGCCUGCCAGAGAUUUUUCCGUGAUGGCCUGACAAUAUCCUUCACGAAAAUAUUGACGGACGAGGCUGUUAGUGGAUGGAAGUUUGAGAUCCACAGGUGCAUAAUCAACAACACCCAUCGUCUGAUAGAGUUGUGUGUGACCAAGCUCUCUCAGGACUGGUUCCCUCUUCUUGAGCUCUUGGCAAUGGCCACCAACCCUCAUUGCAAAUUUCACAUAUACAAUGGUACCCGGCCCUCAGAGACGGUGCCUGCUGGGGUGCAGCUGGCUGAAGACGAGCUUUAUGCCCGCCCACCUGACCCUCGCUCUCCCAAGGGCUGGUUGGUGGAUUUAAUAAACAAAUUUGGCACAUUAAACGGGUUUCAAAUUCUGCACGAUCGGUUCAUGAGUGGUCAAGCUCUGAAUGUUCAGAUCAUUGCUGCACUCAUCAAGCCUUUUGGGCAGUGCUAUGAGUUUCUCACUUUGCACACGGUGAAGAAGUACUUCCUUCCCAUUAUUGAAAUGGUUCCCCAGUUUCUAGAAAACCUCACUGAUGAAGAGUUGAAAAAGGAAGCCAAGAAUGAAGCCAAAAAUGAUGCUUUGUCUAUGAUAAUCAAAUCAUUGAAGAAUCUGGCUUCACGAGUACCUGGACAAGAGGAAACAGUGAAGAACAUGGAGAUUUUUAGGUUAAAAAUGAUUCUUAGGUUAUUGCAAAUUUCUUCUUUUAAUGGCAAAAUGAAUGCACUAAAUGAAGUAAAUAAGGUGAUCUCUAGUGUCUCGUACUACACGCAUCGCCACGGUAACCCUGAGGAGGCAGAGUGGCUCACUGCAGAGCGCAUGGCAGAGUGGAUUCAACAGAAUAACAUUUUGUCCAUUGUACUGCGGGACAGCCUACAUCAGCCACAGUAUGUGGAGAAACUAGAGAAGAUCCUACGAUUUGUCAUCAAGGAGAAGGCCCUUACACUGCAGGACCUGGACAACAUUUGGGCUGCCCAGGCUGGGAAGCAUGAGGCCAUUGUGAAGAAUGUUCACGAUCUCCUUGCGAAGCUGGCAUGGGACUUCUCACCUGAACAGCUGGACCAUCUUUUUGACUGUUUUAAGGAAAGUUGGACUAAUGCGAGUAAAAAGCAGCGGGAGAAAUUGUUGGAACUGAUUAGAAGGCUUGCAGAGGAUGACAAGGAUGGUGUGAUGGCUCACAAAGUGCUCAAUCUGCUGUGGAACUUGGCCCAUAGUGAUGAUGUACCUGUGGACAUCAUGGACCAAGCCCUCAGUGCUCAUAUCAAGAUCCUGGACUACAGUUGCUCCCAGGACAGGGAUACCCAGAAGAUCCAGUGGAUAGAUCGCUUUAUUGAAGAGUUGCGAUCCAAUGAUAAGUGGGUAAUUCCUGCACUGAAACAAAUUCGAGAGAUCUGCAGUCUGUUUGGAGAGGCUCCUCAAAAUCUCAGAAAGAAAAUACCUAUUAACUUAAAGAGCUUAGAAGGUCAAACGCAGCGGAGUCCACAUGUUUUUUAUCGGCAUGACCUUAUCAACCAACUGCAGCACAAUCAUGCCCUGGUCACUCUGGUGGCUGAAAACCUGUCUGCGUACAUGGAGAACAUGAGACAAUUCUCCAAAGCAGAGCACACAGAUUUCGACCCUCAGACAGUCAGGCCUGGAAGUCGAUACAGUCAUGUGCAGGAAGUCCAGGAGCGUCUGAACUUUUUGAGGUUCUUACUGAAGGAUGGACAGCUGUGGCUCUGUGCUCCUCAGGCCAAGCAGAUCUGGAAGUGCCUGGCAGAGAAUGCUGUGUUCCUGUGUGAUCGCGAAGCCUGCUUCAAAUGGUACUCCAAACUCAUGGGGGACGAGCCGGACCUUGACCCCGACAUCAACAAGGACUUCUUUGAAAACAAUGUUCUGCAGCUGGACCCCUCGCUGUUGACUGAAAACGGCAUGAAGUGCUUUGAGCGGUUCUUUAAAGCAGUGAACUGCAGAGAGGGCAAGCUGGUGGCCAAGCGGCGGGUGUAUAUGAUGGAUGAUCUGGAGUUGAUUGGACUAGAUUACUUGUGGAGGGUUGUGAUUCAGGGAAGUGAUGACAUCGCUAGCCGAGCAAUUGAUUUGCUCAAAGAAAUUUACACAAACCUCGGACCAAAAUUGCAAGCUAAUCAGGUAGAGAUCCAUGAGGAUUUUAUUCAGUCUUGCUUUGACCGGCUCAAAGCCUCCUAUGACACGCUGUGUGUGCUGGACGGGGAUAAGGACAGCAUUAACUGUGCCAGGCAGGAGGCCAUUCGCAUGGUUAGGGUUUUGACUGUGCUCAGGGAGUACAUCACGGAGUGUGACAGUGACUACCAUGAAGAGAGGACCAUCCUUCCCAUGUCCAGAGCGUUCAGAGGGAAGCACAUCACCCUGAUUGUGCGAUUCCCUAACCAAGGUCGGCAAGUGGAUGACCUGGACAUCUGGUCCCACACCAAUGAUACGAUUGGUUCUGUGCGGCGCUGUAUUCUCAACCGGAUAAAGGCAAACAGUGCACACACGAAGAUCGAGCUCUUCAUUGGCGGGGAUAUUGUAGAUCCUGCCGAUGAUAGGAAGUUGAUUGGGCAGCUAAAUCUUAAAGACAAAACGCUCAUCACAGCCAAGCUCACCCAGGUCAGCGCCAAUAUGCCUUCAAGCCCAGACAGCUCAUCAGACUCUUCCACAGGCUCCCCCGGGAACCAUGGCAACCACUAUAGUGAUGGGCCAAACCCUGAAGUGGAGAGCUGUCUUCCUGGAGUGAUAAUGUCACUACACCUGCGCUACAUCUCGUUCUUGUGGCAAGUAGCAGAUCUGGGCUGUAAUCUCAACAUGCCUCUGCUACGUGAUGGAGCUAGAGUCCUCAUGAAGCUUAUGCCUCCAGAUAACACUACAGUGGAAAACCUGCGAGCCAUCUGCCUGGAUCAUGCCAAACUCGGAGAAAACAGCCUUAGCCCCACCCUCGACUCCCGCUUCUUUGGCCCAUCGCCUUCUCAAGUACUUUACUUGAUAGAGGUGGUCUAUGCCUUGCUAAUGCCUGCUAGUGGUACGCUGGGAGAGGAUGCUAGUGACUUCCAGUACAACUUCUUGAAGAGCGGUGGCCUGCCGCUAGUCUUGAGCAUGCUGACCCGAAAUAAUUUCCUUCCAAAUGCUGACAUGGAGACGCGACGGGGAGCCUAUCUCAACGCUCUAAAAAUAGCCAAGCUACUGCUGACAGCGGUGGGCUUUGGCCACGUGAAGGCUGUGGCUGAAGCCUGCCAGCCCACAGCUGAGGGUACCAUCCCCGUGUCACCUAUAAACCAGGCCACUCAUGACCAGGCCCUAGUGCUUCAGAGCGCCCUGCAGAACAUCCCCAAUCCCUCCGCUGAGUGCAUGCUCCGCAACGUGGCCAUUCGCCUGGCCCAGCAGAUCUCUGAUGAGAACUUUUUCCAGGCUUCGAAGUACAUCCCAGACAUCGGUGUCAUCAGAGCUAUCCAGAAGAUUGUUUGGGCAUCUGGUUGUGGCACUAUUCAGCUUGUCUUUAGUUCCAACGAGGAGAUCAGCAAGAUCUAUGAGAAGACUAAUGCAGGGAAUGAGCCAGAUGCAGAAGAUGAACAGGUAUGCUGCGAGGCCUUGGAGGUCAUGACCCUAUGCUUCGCCCUUAUCCCCACUGCACUAGAUGCACUUAGCAAAGAGAAGGCCUGGCAGACCUUCAUCAUUGACCUCCUACUGCACUGCCAGAGCAAGUCUGUUCGUCAAAUGGCACAAGAACAGUUCUUCCUCAUGGCCACGAGGUGUUGCAUGGGACACAGGCCACUCCUGUUCUUCAUCACCCUCCUCUUCACAGUUUUAGGUAGCACUGCAAAAGAACGAGCCAAGCACGCUGGUGAUUACUUCACUCUCUUGAGGCACUUGCUCAACUACGCUUAUAAUAGCAACAUUAACCUCCCUAAUGCAGAAGUUCUACUCAACAAUGAGAUUGACUGGUUAAAAAGAAUCAAGGAUGAAGUCAAGAGAACUGGGGAGACGGGGGUGGAAGAGACCAUUUUAGAGGGCCAUAUUGGCGUCACAAAGGAGCUGCUGGCUUUCCAGACCCCAGAAAAGAAGUACUAUAUAGGCUGUGAAAAGGGCGGUGCAAACCUUAUCAAGGAGCUAAUAGAUGACUUCAUCUUCCCAGCCUCUAAUGUGUACUUGCAGUACAUGAAGAGUGGAGAGUUUCCCACUGAGCAGGCAAUACCUGUGUGUAGCAGUCCUGCCACCAUCACUGCUGGUUUUGAACUCCUUGUUGCACUUGCCGUUGGAUGUGUGCGCAAUCUCAAACAGAUAGUUGACACGCUAACUGACAUGUACUACUCAGGUUGUGAGGCACUUACAGAAUGGGAGUAUUUGCCACCAGUAGGCCCAAGGCCCAAUAAGGGCUUUGUGGGACUAAAAAAUGCAGGUGCUACUUGCUACAUGAAUUCAGUUAUCCAGCAGCUCUACAUGAUCCCACCCAUCAGAAAUGGCAUCCUGGCUAUCGAGGGCACAGGCAGCGAUGUGGAUGAUGACAUGUCUGGGGAUGAGAAGCAAGAUAAUGAGAGUAAUGUUGAUCCACGGGAUGAGGUCUUCAGCUAUCACCACCAGUUUGAUGACAAACCAUCACUGAAUAAAUCUGAAGAUAGGAAAGAGUACAACAUUGGUGUUCUGCGACAUCUGCAGGUGAUCUUUGGCCACCUUGCAUCCUCCAGGCUGCAAUACUACGUUCCCAGAGGCUUCUGGAAACAGUUUAGGUUAUGGGGUGAGCCUGUGAAUCUGAGAGAGCAGCAUGAUGCCCUUGAGUUCUUCAACUCACUUGUAGAUAGUUUAGAUGAGGCUUUGAAAGCACUGGGCCAUCCUGCUAUGCUGAGCAAAGUGCUUGGAGGUUCUUUUGCUGAUCAAAAGAUCUGUCAGGGCUGUCCUCACAGGUAUGAAUGUGAGGAAUCCUUCACAACACUGAAUGUAGAUAUCAGAAACCAUCAGAAUCUUCUUGAUUCCAUGGAGCAGUAUGUGAAGGGGGACUUGCUUGAGGGUGCUAAUGCCUACCACUGUGAAAAAUGCAACAAGAAAGUAGACACAGUAAAGCGCUUGCUUAUUAAGAAACUGCCUCCAGUUCUGGCCAUCCAGUUGAAGCGAUUUGAUUAUGACUGGGAACGCGAGUGUGCCAUUAAGUUCAAUGACUACUUUGAGUUUCCCCGGGAACUGGACAUGGAGCCCUACACUGUAGCAGGAGUAGCCAAGCUGGAGGGCUCUGAUGUGCACCCUGAGAAUCAGCAGGUGAUCCAGCAGAAUGAACCCUCAGAGCCAGAGCCACCCUGUAGCUCACGCUACAGACUUGUGGGAGUGUUGGUGCACUCUGGCCAGGCCAGUGGAGGUCACUAUUACUCCUACAUCAUCCAGAGGAAUGGCAGCGGCGGAGAGGGUGAGAGGAACCGCUGGUACAAGUUUGACGAUGGGGAUGUCACAGAAUGCAAGAUGGAUGACGAUGAGGAGAUGAAGAACCAGUGUUUUGGGGGCGAGUACAUGGGUGAGGUGUUUGACCACAUGAUGAAGCGCAUGUCCUACCGCCGACAGAAGCGCUGGUGGAAUGCCUACAUCCUGUUCUACGAGCGCAUGGACUCAUUGGACAAGGACAGUGAGCUGGUGAAGUACAUCUCUGAGCUAAGUGUGAGCAGCAAGCCUCACCAGGUGAAGAUGCCCUCAGCCAUCGAGUGCAGUGUGCGCAAGCAGAAUGUGCAGUUCAUGCACAGCCGCAUGCAGUACAGCCUGGAGUACUUCCAGUUUGUCAAGAAACUGCUGACCUGUAAUAGUGUCUAUCUGAACCCACCUCCAGGCCAAGACCAUCUUUUGCCUGAAGCAGAAGAAAUGGCUAUGAUUAGCAUUCAACUCGCUGCUAGAUUUCUCUUCAGCACAGGAUUCCACACCAAGAAAGUUGUCCGUGGCCCUGCUAGUGAUUGGUAUGAUGCCCUGUGCGUCCUGCUUCGACACAGCAAGAAUGUACGCUGCUGGUUUGCACACAACGCCCUCUUUGCCUACGCAAACCGCUUCUCAGAAUACCUGCUUGAGUGCCCCAGUGCAGAGGUCCGAGGAGCCUUCUCCAAGCUUGUAGUAUUUAUUGCACAUUUCUCCUUGCAAGAUGGACCCUACCCAUCACCGGUUGCCUCACCAGGACCGUCCAGUCAGGGCUGUGAUAAUCUGAGCCUAAGUGACCAUUUGUUUCGUGCUGUGCUAAACCUGUUACGGAGAGAGGUGUCUGAGCAUGGCCGCCACCUGCAGCAAUACUUCAACCUCUUUGUCAUGUAUGCCAAUCUUGGCUUGGCUGAGAAGACACAGCUGUUGAAGCUUAGCGUGCCAGCUACGUUCAUGCUGGUGGCACUGGACGAGGGCCCAGGCCCGCCCAUUAAGUACCAGUAUGCUGAGCUAGGAAAGCUUUACACAGUGGUGUCGCAACUGGUGCGUUGCUGCGAUGUAGCUUCCCGUAUGCAGUCCUCAAUUAACGGUAACCCUCCUCUUCCGAACCCAUAUGGUGAUCCCAGCCUGACACAGCCCAUAAUGCCUCUGCAGCAGCUGGUGGCUGAGAUCCUGUUUGUGCGCACCAGCUAUGUGAAGAAGAUCAUUGAGGACUGUAGUAACUCAGAGGAGACCAUCAAAUUGCUGCGCUUCUGCUGCUGGGAGAAUCCUCAGUUCUCCUCCACUGUGCUCAGUGAACUUCUGUGGCAAGUUGCAUAUUCCUACACGUAUGAAUUAAGGCCUUACCUGGACUUGCUGCUACAGAUCUUGCUUAUUGAAGACUCCUGGCAAACUCACAGGAUACACAAUGUGCUGAAGGGUAUCCCAGAUGACCGUGAUGGACUGUUUGACACCAUCCAGCGCUCUAAAAACCACUACCAGAAAAGAGCUUACCAGUGCAUUAAGUGCAUGGUGGCCCUGUUCAGCAACUGCUCAGUGGCUUAUCAGAUCCUUCAGAGUAACGGAGACCUGAAGAGGAAGUGGACAUGGGCAGUAGAGUGGCUUGGUGAUGAAUUAGAGCGCAGGCCAUACACUGGUAAUGCCCAGUACACCUAUAACAACUGGUCUCCUCCUGUCCAGAGCAAUGAGACCUCCAAUGGCUACUUCCUCGAGCGUUCCCACAGUGCACGCAUGACCUUAGCUAAGGCCUGUGAACUGUGCCCAGAGGAGUGUCACUUAAUGAAGCACGAGGUGGUGUCUGAAGAGGACGCAGGCCGGAAGCCGUCCUCGCCACAGCAGCUUUUGCCAGGGGAAGUGACAGGCCAGCCUCAGCACACUGAGCCAGACGAUCAAGAGGCCCCGGAUGAUCAGGACUCUUCUCCACCAGAGGACACCUCUCUGUACCCUCACUCUCCAGGGACCCAGUAUCAGCAGCAGAACAACCUUCCACAUGGUCAGCCAUACACAGGCCCAGCAGCACAGCAUAUGAACAAUCCUCAGCGCCCAGGCCUACGAGCACAAGAGAACUGGGAGCCCCCAGAAGAGGUUCCACCCGCCCAGACAAAGGACUAGCACCACACCAUCCUCCUGUCCUCCACCCGAACGCUCUCUGGAGUAGUUCGAUCCAAGAGCGAGGCCAGGCCUCACCAUGCAGCAUCACUCCAGAACCUGUGUAUCCAGAAAAUUCUGCUCCCUGUACUUCUAACCCUGGGGUGGAGCAUUCACUGUCUGCCCUGCAGUAUUAUAACCUGCCUGCAGUGGACUGUGUAUGGUGUUGUAACAAGCCAGGCCUGAUGCACUUGUCUUAUAUGACAGCGAUGUACAUAUUAUAUUAAUGUUUUGACUGUUCAAAACCAGCAGCACCACGUGCUGUUUGGAAACUUGCAGAUUUAUGGAAACAAAAUUUGAAAAUUAUAAAAACAUACAAAAAAAAAGUAUAAGACAAAAAAAAGCCCUGUUUUAUCACCUGUACUCAGUUGUGAGGUUUGGUCUGCCUUUUGGCCAUUUUGGUCAUUCAGCUCAAAAAUCAUUUUAUCCACUUCAACUCCGACUUAAUCUGAUCCACCUCCGGCGCUAGAGAUUGCUAUAGUGUAGGCAUGAUAUGAUGGAAUGGUUGGGUGAUUCUCCUGAUGCUAGGUUGACGUGAAAGUGGUGGUGCACCAUAGUUCUGGAAACUUUUCAUUGCCUUUCUUCUGUUCUGGUAUUAAUCAUUUGAAAGCUCUAGUUAAUAUGCUGUAACAUUUUAGCAUGGCUUCACACCAGACUAGUGUAGCCAAAGGGAAAAUCUGUGAUCAUAACAGCUGUGCUUCUUAAUCCACAGCUAUUUUGAAGAGCCUUAUUUUCCCAUGACUUCUACAAUGUUUUCAAACCAAUUUAAGAAAUAAGUGGCUUCUCAAUUGCACAUAUAUCCUAAAAUUUAACAUUUGGCAGUCAGUCUGUGGUGAGAAUAAAAUGACUGAUUUAUAGGAAUUUUAGAAAGAGAAAACGUAUAUGCAACAAUUUGCUAUGCCAGGAUGCCUGGAGCAUUAGUGGACUGUACUCAAUUUGCUUGUUUGUCUCCUUGGUUGAACCUUGUUUUAGACAAACUACACAAAGAUUGACAUUGGCCACUAAAGUCGACAGACUUGCUUAUUCUACUUGAACACAGGCUCUGUCUGGGGACUCAUUGGAGCAGAAUGGACAUAAAAAGCAGGGUUGUACCAUAAAAUAACUGCUGGUUAGUCAUGUGGCAACUUGAGCUAGGUAAAGUAAUAUUCUUUAGGAGUACAGGUAAACAUCAGUAAAUACUGUAUUUAAUUGGUAACUUGAAUGGAUUGUCACCAAAUACUCCUGCAAAUUAAACUAUUCUGCCCACCAUAUUAUAUUUAAAUAUUUUGCUGUUUUAUUUUAUAGAAUUUAUUUUGUUGUAUUUCACUAAAAGAAAAAGAUAGAAUUUGAUUUAAGAGGAACAUUUUUGUCCUUGUGUUAUUUUUAAAGAUAUUGACUGUACAGAGUUCUUCACCCUGUUGUUUUUUUUUUUUUGCCUACUUCUGUUUUGGCCAUGAUGUGACGUUGAAUUCUGGAGCCACAGUCGCGAUGUUAACUUUCACUUUGUGAGUUUUUUUUUUUGUGCACACAUACUACAGAAAGCAUUGCGCCCUUCAAGAAUAAAGAAAGAUUGAACCUUGAAA